GACCAAGACGAGAACCCAGCAGCUUCAGUUGGCUCCAAGCUAGAUACAGAUUGCGAGAGAGAAAUCAUCAGCAGGCCGAGAGACUAGCAGCCAUGGCGAACCUGUUCCUGAAGCAGGCGAAGCAGUACGUGGCGACGCGGCCGUCCUACCCGCCGGAGCUCUUCGACUUCAUCGCCUCCAAGACGCCCCGCCGCGACCUCGCCUGGGACGUCGGCACCGGCAACGGACAGGCCGCAGCAUCGCUCGCGAAGCUGUACAAGGCCGUGGUGGGCACGGACACGAGCGCGCAGCAGCUCGCUUUCGCGGCGCCCCUCCCCAACGUGCGCUACGUCCACACCGCGCCGGACCUGCCGCUCGACGGGAUCCACGCCGCCGUCGCGGGGCCGGGCACCGCCGACCUCAUCACCGUCGCGCAGGCCUUCCACUGGCUCGACCUCCCGCGCUUCUACGCGCAGGCCCGCUCCGUGCUGCGCCCGGAGCAGGGCGUCCUCGCCGCCUGGUGCUACACGGAGCCACGCGUCAGCGCCGCCGUCGACGCCGUGUUCUGGCGCCUCUACCGCGGCUCGCAGCCGUACUGGGCGCCCAACCGCCGGAUGGUCGACGACGAGUACCGCGGCGCCGACUUCCCCUUCGACCCCGUCGACGGCGAGGCCCACACGGGGCCCUUCGAGUUCUCCACGGAGCGGGCCAUGGACCUGGAUGGCUACCUCACCUACAUCACGUCCUGGUCGGCGUACCAGACGGCCAAGGAGAAGGGCGUCGAGCUGCUCGACGAGGCGACGGUGCAGGAGUUCGCGGCGGCGUGGGGCGGCGAUGGGAAGGAGGUGAAGGCGGUGACGUACCCAAUCUUCCUCAGGAUUGGCAAGGUGAGGGCCGAAUGAUGCACGAAACAAGUUGACGACGGGUGCGAGACGACAGACGACUACUCGGAAUAUAUUUGUGCUGAUAACCUUUCUGUAGAAGGAUUUGUUUUGUAUUGACUGUACUACAAUUUUUUUUGGUUCGGAAUGUAUUAAAAUAAUAAAAAUGCAGUCAGUGUUGAAUAAAUUGUAAUGCAGUUUUGAAUUCA